CCCCCUGGAGACCAUCCCGUCUGAGCCUGAGUACCGCGACCUGGUCGUCCAGCUCACCACGCACCUGCUGGCACCGAGCACGUCCCGGUUGAGCCGUGCGUUCCUAACACCCGCAGACGUCC